GCUCUGGCGCCAUUGUGUUCCCUUUGCUCCCGAUUUCUCCAUUGGGUCCCCAGGCUACCUGAGGUCCCUGCAACCUCGAGAGGCGGUGCUAGACGUCCCCUAGUCCUUGGCAUUUGUGGAGGGCGGGGCUUCUCUGGCCUUCACUCUUGGCCUUGUCUCGUCUCUUGGCCUUGUCUGGGCGGGUGAUGGGUUAAGAGUUUUGCGUUUGGGUCCAGUUGGAUAUUCCUCAAAUCGACUUGCCCGGCAUUUGGAGGGAUUUCUAAACGCCUGUGAGUGCUGUUAUUGCGUGCUUCUCGGAAAGCUCUUCUGUUGGAAAUUAGUAUCUACCCUUUUCCUUUCUCAAGCCCUCCCCCCACCCCACCCCUUGUUUUUCACAUAUUCUGGGGAGAAUUUCUCCAGAGAUCUCUCCCUUUAUCCCCUUACCUGUGUGCCAUAAUGGCAGAGAACGAUGUGGACAAUGAGCUCUUGGACUAUGAAGAGGAUGAGGUGGAAACCGCAGCUGGGGGGGAUGGAGCUGAAGCCCCCGCCAAGAAAGAUGUCAAGGGCUCUUAUGUCUCCAUCCACAGCUCUGGCUUUCGAGACUUCUUGCUCAAGCCAGAGUUGCUCCGGGCCAUUGUCGACUGUGGCUUUGAGCAUCCAUCUGAAGUUCAGCAUGAGUGCAUCCCUCAAGCCAUUCUGGGAAUGGAUGUCCUGUGCCAGGCCAAGUCAGGCAUGGGAAAGACAGCAGUGUUUGUGUUGGCCACACUGCAACAGUUGGAGCCAGUUACCGGACAGGUGUCUGUGCUGGUGAUGUGUCACACUAGGGAGUUGGCUUUUCAGAUAAGCAAGGAAUAUGAACGCUUCUCUAAAUACAUGCCCAAUGUCAAGGUCGCAGUGUUUUUUGGUGGUCUGUCUAUCAAGAAGGAUGAAGAGGUGCUGAAGAAGAACUGCCCGCAUAUCGUCGUGGGGACUCCUGGCCGUAUCUUAGCCCUGGCUCGUAAUAAGAGCCUCAACCUCAAACACAUUAAACACUUUAUCUUGGAUGAAUGUGAUAAGAUGCUUGAACAGCUCGACAUGCGUCGGGAUGUCCAGGAAAUAUUUCGCAUGACCCCCCAUGAGAAGCAGGUCAUGAUGUUCAGUGCUACCUUGAGCAAAGAGAUCCGGCCAGUCUGCCGAAAGUUCAUGCAAGAUCCAAUGGAGAUCUUCGUGGAUGAUGAGACGAAGUUGACGCUGCAUGGAUUGCAGCAGUACUACGUGAAACUGAAGGACAACGAGAAGAACCGGAAGCUCUUUGACCUUUUAGAUGUCCUUGAGUUCAACCAGGUGGUGAUCUUUGUGAAGUCUGUGCAGCGGUGCAUCGCCCUCGCCCAGCUUCUGGUGGAGCAGAACUUCCCCGCCAUUGCCAUCCACCGUGGCAUGCCCCAGGAAGAGCGGCUUUCUCGGUAUCAGCAGUUUAAAGAUUUCCAACGGCGGAUUCUUGUGGCCACCAAUCUGUUUGGCCGAGGCAUGGACAUUGAGCGGGUGAACAUCGCCUUCAACUACGACAUGCCUGAGGAUUCUGACACAUACCUGCAUCGGGUGGCGAGAGCAGGCCGGUUUGGCACCAAGGGCUUAGCCAUCACGUUUGUGUCAGAUGAGAAUGAUGCCAAGAUUCUCAAUGAUGUGCAGGACCGCUUUGAGGUCAAUAUUAGUGAGUUGCCUGAUGAGAUAGACAUCUCCUCCUACAUUGAACAGACACGGUAGAGGCCUCACCGAUUCUGGAAUGUGACAGUCUCUUCAGGAGAGGACACCAGGUGUAGGGAUGGAGACACUACUGCCACCUGCCCCCGACAGCCAACAGCCCCCCCCCUACCCUGAGGCUUCUUCCUUUUGCAUCACCAUCACUCCUAAACCUGUUCUGAUUUAUCAGAAUUUUUUUUAACAAAACUAAAAAUGAAACACAAAUGUGUCUCUGGUA